AUGUCAGUGGUUCCGAAGAAAUCGAAGGAAUGGGUGGAAACACAAAAAAAUUUUCCUUUAUUUUGUACUGCUAUUGACAGAAAGCACGUGGCCAUAAAGCGUCUAUCUGGGUGUUGCUCUCAGUUUUACAACUACAAAGGAGGUGUGGGAACUAAUGGGAGAGCCGACGAUGGAAAUAUAUUCCAGCUUUCCUCGUUUAAGUCAGUCUUAGCCAAUUGUGCACUAAAUUUUCCUAAUGACCACUUUAUUUUGGGUGAUAACACUUUCCCUUUGUCACCGACAUUAAUGGAGUCCUUUUCCAAACGAAAUUUGUCAUUAGAGAAACGUAUAUUCAAUUAUGGCUUAGCGUGUGCACGCAGAGUGGUGGAAAACGCGUUUGGUAUAAUGGCAGCACUGUCUAGAAUCUUUCGAAGAGAAAUCGAAGUUGAUUCAGAAACUCAGCAACCUAUUUUGAAAAAAGGAUGGGUUGACCAUGAAGACACUUACACUGGGGCAGAACUACCACCAUUGAGAGGGGCUCGCUCGGCAAACACACAUUCGAAAACUGCUUCGGAAACAUGGAAGAAACUGGCUGAGCACUUCAGUGGCGAAGGACGAGUAUGUUGGCAGAUGAAGGCUGUUGGCAUGACAACUUACUACUGUUAUUGUGAAUCACAAACUUUAGUGUUAAUAGUUGACAACAUUAACAACAAUACAAAAUGUUUUAAAACACAAUGA